AUGUGGAAGCGGGCAUCUAAGGCUGUUGGUGCGCGACCUCUGACCUUCCAUCGCCAGGUGGCGAAAUCGACUCAAGAGCAACGGCAAUCUGUGGUACUCUCCCUGAUGAGCAACCCGGCGCUGAUGGAGGAUGCAGCCUCGCUGUAUCCGUCAGAUGUGCUGGCAAGAGCCAAGGAGUAUGUUGGUAAGAAUCCGAAGUUCGGCGCGUACUCCCACUCCAAAGGCAUCCUACACUUCAGGCGGGAGGUAGCGAAGUACAUCAAUCGUCGAGAUGGGCCAUCUGUGCCUCCAGCUGAUCCGGAGGAGAUUUAUCUCACAGACGGAGCUUCUGCUGGUGUCAAAACGGUGCUGGAGGUCAUGAUCGACGGCCCAUUGGACGGUCUCCUGAUUCCGAUUCCGCAAUACCCGCUGUAUUCGGCGUCCAUCACCCGUCUCGGUGGCACGCACAUCGGCUAUGAGUUGGUGGAGGACGGCUCCCAGCUUCGGAGGCUAAGGCGGCUAAGGCUACCUCCUGUUGAGCAGGACUACGCCACCGGAAAAGGUUGGGCGAUUGAUGUCGAUCUGAUCGAGGAGAAGAUCAAGGCCUUCAUUGCUGGUGGUGGCCGCCCCAAAGGUAUAGCUGUCAUCAACCCGGGAAAUCCCACCGGCAACGUUCUCAGCCGCGAGACCAUCGAACGCAUCGUGAGGCUCUGUGCAAAGUACAGAAUGGUCAUCCUUGCGGACGAAGUCUACCAGGAAAAUAUCUGGCACUUGGACAAGGAGUUCGUUUCUUUCAGGCAAGUCGUGCUCCUGUCUGGCCUGCCGGUGGAGUUGUUUUCGUUCCACUCGAUGUCCAAGGGCUACUAUGGUGAAUGCGGUCUGCGAGGAGGAGUGCUGCAGAUGACGAACAUUGAUCCAGAUGUGGCCGACCAAAUCUACAAGCUGUUUUCGAUGAUACUGUGUGCGAACACGCUCGGACAGGGGGCCAUGGCUUCUAUCCUGAAUCCGCCGGUAGAGGGAGAUGCGUCCUUCGCCCUUUUCUCCAAGGAGCGCAGCGAGAUCCUGGCCAGCCUCAGCAAGAAGGCAGAGCUUGUGUCCCAAGCCCUCAACGAGAUCCCGGGCAUCCAAUCACUGCCUGUGGAAGGCGCCAUGUACGCCUUCCCCCAGGUUUACUUGCCCGAGCGCUUCGUCAAAGAAUCAGAGGCCUUGGGAAAAGCCGCAGACAUGCUUUACUGCAUAAAGAUGUUGGAAGCGACAGGCGUCAUUGUCGUGCCCGGAAGUGGCUUCGGCCAAAGGAACGGCACCUGGCACUACCGCAUCACAAUCCUGCCAGAGGAGGGCAAGCUGAGGCGAGUGCUCGAUCGGAUGAAGACUUUCCACACUCAGUUCUUGAAAGAGUACUUGGGCCCCGGAGAACGGGCCAUCGAGGACAAGACGCCCACUCCUUGUCAGGCCAAGUAUUCAGACCAGAUGCAGAAAGAGAUCAUCGAGGCGCAUCUGGCAGCUGCGAGUGAGCAGGCUGAGCCGCACAUGCUGCUAAUGCUGGGAGGGUCCGGCGCCGGAAAAGGUGGCUUCCUGAAGGCCAUGGCGAAGCAUGGCAUGAACACUCGGAACUUUGUCCUGCACGGUUUGGAUGAGUACAUCGAGUAUCUGCCAGAGUUUAAGGCCUCGAAACAGCACGAACUAGUGGUCUUCAAGGAUGCUGCGGAUGGUUGCUACUCCGGGGUUAUCCCGAUUGCCAAAGCAGCGCAGAAUGAAAUCGUCAAGCGCAAGCAGCAUGUGAUCUAUGAGGACACAGGAAAAGAUCUGGACCGCAUACUGAAGCGCAUACUUCCGUUAUUUCAGAAGGCUGGUUACAAGAUUGCCGUCGUCCUUGUUGACAAUCUCCCUUCAAUCGCAAAGGGAAGAUCACAUGGCCGGUUCCUGAAGGAAGGUCGAUAUGCCUCUGACGAAUACAUCGAGUCCACCUUUAAGAACGUGCCCGAGAACUAUGCGAAGCUGAAGGAACUCCCAGAGGUCACCGAGGCUUACUACUGCGACAACAGCUGCGCAGAGGGCCUCUGCCCAAAGUGCUGGCUCGACAAGGGCACCAGGAAUUCGGGCAAGUAUGCGCAUGAUGUACAAUGGUCCUGGUUGACCGGAAAGGCUCGCCGAAGCGACUUCACCCUGCCGCAAGGUCUCAAACUUUACUACCCUCGGCUCACCAGCGAAGCAGGGGAGGAUGCUCGUAACAUCAGCUUUGCCGCACCGCAGAUUGAGACUCGAGCCACGCCAUUUCCCGUACAAGUCGCGGCUAUGGGCAGCAGCUGCUGCUGUGGCCGGGAAAAAGUGGACGACAGGUGUUCAAAAAAGAAUGUCGCUUACGAGCUAAUCGACAGGGCCUAUGAGAAAAGAUACGGAAGUCAGAGACCGCAGCCCACGACACCCUGGCACAGCCUACCUCCACUCCCCUGGGAGAAGGAUGAAGUUAUCGCUUUUAAGCUUAUGGUGGCCGUCCCUUUUGAAGACGGCCCUGGCAAGUGGACGCGGCGUGGCGAGUGGACACAGCAGGGCAACUGCGGCAACUACACCGACAUUGCUAGGCAGGCGGCUCCUACAGUCGCUGUGGCGCCACAGCUCCGAUCCUCACUGCCCGCAAUCCUUGGCACUGAACAGCGCCCCAAAGAGCGCCAGCCAAGGCUUCCACAAGAAACUUUUCCAGGUGGCCAGCGGCAACUUGACGUCAGCGGCAGCGAAGGGAAGGCGGUCUGGACUUUGGACUGGUGUUCGCAGACCUUCCGUGCCAAUGUUUGCGUGCAGAGAAGCUGCAUUAGUUUUCCUCCACCAGACGUCGGUGCCGCGGCACAGUUUACCGGAGGAGUGUCCGUGUCCACCUACGUGAAAAGUGCUAUGGGUGCGACGAGGACCUUGGAGUUCAAGAUGGACAUCGGCGGAGCGAUCCAAGACUGUGGUUCGGAUAUCGAUGCCAUGGCCACUUUCUCCAUCAACAGGUUCAAUGCGUGUCUUGCCCUGGACUUCACAAAACAGAUUUUACAAUUGGUGGUGGGCUACAACUGCUUCAGCGUGGCGAAGCUCAGGUAUUUUCCGUUCAUUGGCAAGAUAACCUUGACAGGCUGCAGCAAAUCGAGAAGAUUUCAGUACGUCUACCGCCGAGCGCAAGGCUGGUCGCAUUCAGACAUGUACAAGACGGCCCACCAUUGCUGGGAGGCUGUGGUAAGGAUGGAGAUUCGUGUUGACACAGCAGAAGGGUAUGCCGCCCCGAAAGACACCUUCCUUUCGAUGCGGAUCGGAGAAUUCCAGAAGCAGUCUCGAUUCGACACCUCCAAGACGUACAAGUUUCCCAAGCUGGAGGAUCCCACUGGUCUCGCACGUAUCGAGGUGUUUCAGCGCGUCGGACACCUGACUGUCAGCCUGGGGAAGCUGCAGCAAGGCGAGCAGAGCGUGGAG